AUGCCGGCUCUGCCAGCACUGCUGCUGUCGAUUUAUGUCGUCGUCCUGCUGCUGACCAUGGCACCUCUCUUCAUCAGCCGGGCCAACACCUUGUCUGCCGUCCGGAUGGCGGCUAUUUUGGAUGACCAGUCUGUGUGUGGUCGUGGUGAGCGCCUGGCUCUGGCUCUGGCCAGGGAGAACAUUAACAACCUAAUGGAGGGAUCCGCCCAGGCGAGGGUAGAGGUGGAUGUCUACGAGCUACAGAAGGAUUCCCAGUAUGACACCACUGAGACCAUGUGUCAGAUCCUGCCUAAAGGUGUGGUUUCAGUGAUUGGCCCUGCCUCCAGUCCCGCCUCAGGGUCAACCAUCAGUCACAUCUGUGGAGAAAAAGAGAUCCCUCAUGUGAAGAUCGGUCCCGAAGAAACCCCAAAGCUGCCAUACCUGCGCUUCGCCUCAGUGACUCUAUAUCCGAGUAACGAGGACCUUAGCCUGGCCAUUGGAUCCAUCCUGCGCUCCUUUGGCUACCCAACAGCCAGCCUCAUUUGUGCUAAAGCAGAGUGCCUGCUUCGAUUAGAAGAGCUUGUUCGCCACUUCCUUAUCUCCAGAGAGACACUGUCGGUGCGAAUGCUGGAUGACAGUCUGGAUCCCACGCCCUUGCUGAAGGAGAUCCGUGAUGACAAAGUGGCUACCAUCAUCAUCGAUGCUAAUGCCUCUAUUUCUUACCAUAUUCUCAGGAAGGCUAACAAGCUUGGGAUGAUGUCAGCCUUCUACAAGUAUAUUCUCACCACUAUGGAUUUCCCUCUGCUACAGCUGGAUGAUGUGGUGGGUGACCAGUCCAACAUUGUUGGUUUCUCUAUGUUGAACACUUCCCAUCCUUUCUACCUGGAGUUCAUCAGGAGCCUUAACUUGUCAUGGAAGGAAGGCUGCAAGAUCAAUCCAUACCCUGGACCUGCGCUGUCAUCAGCCCUGAUGUUUGAUGCUGUUCACGUGGUGGUGAGCGCCGUGCGGGAGCUGAACCGCAGUCAGGAGAUUGGAGUGAAGCCACUGAGCUGCACCUCCCCCCUCAUCUGGCAACAUGGGACCAGCCUCAUGAACUACCUACGCAUGGUGGAAUAUGACGGUCUUACAGGUCACAUUGAGUUCAACAGCAAAGGACAGAGGACCAACUACACCCUGAAGAUCUUGGAGAAACACCCUGCAGGACAUAAAGAGAUUGGUACUUGGUAUUCCAACAACACAUUGGCCAUGAACUCCACUUCCUUGGACCUCAAUGCCUCGGAAACACUGGCUAACAAGUCCUUAAUUGUCACCACUAUACUGGAAAGCCCAUACGUGAUGCGCAAGUCCAAUUACCAGGACUUCCACGGAAACAAUCAGUACGAAGGUUUUUGUGUGGACAUGCUGAGAGAACUGGCAGACAUCCUGAAGUUCUCCUUCAAGAUUAAGCUGGUGGAUGAUGGGUUAUAUGGAGCGCCUGAACCAAACGGCAGUUGGACCGGCAUGGUGGGGGAGUUGAUCAACAGGAAAGCAGACCUGGCAGUUGCUGGCUUCACCAUAACCUCAGAGAGAGAGAAGGUGAUCGAUUUCUCCAAGCCAUUUAUGACUCUGGGAAUCAGCAUCCUCUACCAAGUCCAUCUGGCUCGAAAACCAGGUUACUUUUCCUUUCUUGACCCCUUCUCUCCUGCUGUUUGGCUUUUUAUGCUGCUGGCCUACCUCGCUGUCAGCUGUGUUCUCUUCCUCGCUGCCAGGCUCAGCCCUUAUGAGUGGUACAACCCUCACCCAUGUUUACGGGAGCGGCGGGACAUCCUGGAGAACCAGUACACACUGGGCAACAGUCUGUGGUUCCCAAUAGGAGGCUUCAUGCAGCAAGGCUCAGAGGUCAUGCCCCGGGCCCUGUCUACCCGCUGCGUCAGCGGAGUCUGGUGGGCGUUCACUCUCAUCAUAAUCUCUUCCUACACGGCCAACCUGGCAGCGUUUCUCACCGUGCAGAGAAUGGAGGUGCCCAUCGAGUCCCCUGACGACCUGGCUGACCAGACCAACAUCCAGUAUGGCACCAUACACGGAGGGUCCACCAUGACCUUCUUCAUGAACUCGCGGUACCAGACAUACCAGCGAAUGUGGAACUACAUGAAGUCCAAGCAGCCCAGUGUCUUCGUGAAGAGCACAGAGGAAGGCAUCGCCCGUGUCCUCAAUUCCAAGUAUGCCUUCCUGAUGGAGAGCACCAUGAACGAGUACUACCGCAGCCUAAACUGCAACCUCACUCAGAUCGGAGGGCUGCUUGACACGAAGGGAUAUGGCAUCGGCAUGCCGCUGGGCUCUCCAUACCGAGAUGAGAUCACCCUGGGGAUCUUGCAGUUGCAGGAGAGCAACAGGCUGGAGAUUCUCAAGAGACGGUGGUGGGAGGGAGGACAGUGUCCCAAAGAGGAGGAUCACCGAGCGAAAGGUCUCGGCAUGGAGAAUAUUGGCGGGAUCUUUGUAGUCCUGAUUUGUGGCCUCAUCGUAGCUGUCUUCGUGGCCAUCAUGGAGUUUGUUUGGUCAACUCGCCGCACAGCUGAGACAGGCGAGGUCUCUGUUUGUCAGGAGAUGCUGACAGAGUUUCGAAAUGCGGUUUCUUGUAAGAAAAGUUCCCGGGCUCGUCGGCGGCGCCCCCUGAGCAGUGCCGGGGGUGGAGUUCUGCGUCACCCCUCCCGGUUAGCUCUGGCCGGCCCGAGGCCGAUUCGGCUAGUCCGAGAGAUGCGUCUCAGCAAUGGGAAACUCUACAGUGGCGCCGGCCCACUGACGGGGGGCUUGGCAGGGAUGGGGGGAAGUAUGGCAGCAGGAACAGAUUUGGGCCCAGGGCCUCAGAGGCUAUUGGACGAGUCAUUAGGUGCCAACUCUGCCACCAGUACCCCUCCUCCGCCUCCUCCUGUGUCAGCCUUUGAGGCGCCGCCCGCCCCACCUCGCAGCUUCCUGCAGAGCUGCAGCCACGUCCGCAUCUGCCAGGAGUGCCGGCGGAUCCAAAGCCUGCGGCCGGCCACCCUCACGCCUCCCCCACCUCCCCCACCUUCUUCGUCCGCCUCUGCCCCGUCCUGUUCCCGUAUCCCUCCCUCGCUGGCGAUGUCGGGGCAUCACCAUCGCCACAAUCCCCACCACCACCUCCACUAUCACCACGGAUCCAUGUCAUUACCCCGGCUCCCUCCUCCUCCUCCCCCAAUCCCCGCAGAAAGAGCCGACAGUGAUGGGGGAGCGGCCAGCCCGCUGCGAGCGAAAAACAGACCCGCACCUCCACCCAGGCCGCUGCCGCCUCCCAAAACACCAACACACCCACCAACGAAUUUUUUUGAGGGCCAUGAUUGUGCCUAAAGACAUCAAGCGAGGGCUCAAGCGAUACACACUGAGACAUUCAAAGCGUGUCCUUAGCCCCGAUAACACAGCUGUUACCUGUCCACACUCCUGAGGAGUGAUAGAAUAAACUCUUUGCAGGGUGGACCCCUCAAAAUGUAGCCAGUUUGGCUCAGCUGAAACUACAAACCUUUACACAGUGAUGGUUAAGUCUCCGCCUGCUAAGCUUGUAGCAGGGAGGAUUAAAUCAACCGUAUUCUGGAAAUUGCAACUCAAAUUAGUCAUAGAUGACGGACAAAUACAGAGUUAGAGGUCAACUUCAGAUUCACUCCUCUAUCUCCCACCUUGGCUGAUCCCCCCAACGCAAGAAGAGAGGACUUGGAGACACAAAUGGACAAUAUUCACCAGCGCUCUCAUGAUUUGUUUUGUUUUUCAGUUUAAAUACUGAAUUAGGUGUUUGUGGAAGAGGAGAUCUUCCCGCAGACAUGUGGUAGCAGAGCAGUUGUACAGUAAUCAUGGUCUUCUGUCACUCUUUUGGAGGUUUGUGGAGGAUGUAGCUUUUCUCCCAUUCCGUUUUCCUGUUUGUACAGACUCCUGCUGCCUGGUGCUGUGAUCCACAAAGCAGAGAAUCCAAAAUAUACUUACCUAAAGUGUUCAAAAACUGUGCUGGGGUAGUUCUUCGGUUACAUAUAAAAGCUUAUCAAGCAAGAAAAAUGCACUGUGAGGCAUCUGGGAAGCAACAAGAUUUAAUUAUUUUUGUAAAAAAAAACAAUAAAAGUGUUAAAAAAAAUAUGUUUAAAAUCGUUAAGAUGUCAUGUUACACAAUUUCAAAAUGUGCCAACCAAUUGCAACGUAGUGUUUUUAGGAGAGAAGACUUUAGUUAUUUUUGAUCAAGUCACCUUUCGGGGACUAUAACAUACCUUAAGACCUUUGCACAUCAAGUCUCCAUUCUUUAAUUCAUUCAGGCACAGAGUCAUCAUGCACCUGAAGGCUAUGGUCCAAAAAUAAAUCAGAAAAACUGAUUCAUUUAUAUCAAACCGUUAGUAGAAAUUUGUGGUCUUUUUCCAGUAUUAUCUGCGGAAUUAGGAGUUAAACGGGAACACAGACAUGCAGGAAUCCAACUUGAAAUAGUCACAUCUGUUUUGUCAACUGAUGUAGAUCUCCCUUAUCCCUUGUUGGACUGACCAGCUAUUUUUUAAUGUUGUGAAGAAGAACAACAAAACUGCCUUGAAAAUAUGACAUUUCUAUUUUGCCUUGUAUUGUAAAAUUUCCGCAAAGACUCGAUUAACAAAAUCUUUGGGACAACGUUUGCCACUCUUUGCGUUUUCAACUCGAACGGUUGAUUAAAAUAUUUGAAAAAGUGCAGACUUGUGCAAAGGCCUUUUGAUGUGUGGUUUUAAAUUUAGCAUAUAUGUCUGUUUCUACUAUCUAUGACCCUGAUGUCACAAAAUGGAUCAGCAGGUGAAUUUAAAAUGCACCUCAAGAUGUCACUUAUAUAUUUUUGUACACAUUAGGCUAGAUGUAAAAUUCAGAUGUUUAAACUUUAUAACGAGUCAAGCUAACAGUUUGAAAUUCUUUCUAAGCAUGCUAGGCUAGGCUAAGCUAACAGAUAUGGAGUAAAAGUCAUUCCAAGAUGUUACAGCAAGUAGGAAAAUGGGGAAACAUCUUUUUCAUGGGGAAACAUGAUUUUAUUUUAGAAAAUAUUUUUCCAUAUGGUCAAAAAAAGAUUAGUUUCACAUACAUUUAUUUAAUCAGGUAAAGAGCUAUUUUUUCCCUCAGUGUUGGCUAUAGCUUAAAGCUGCUAACUACACUCCUCUAAAAACCUUCCGUUUCUUAAGACGAGGGCAAUUAGUAGCCUGCAGUUAUAAAUGUGUUAACACAAGUGCAUUUAAAACAGGAAAGCAGUGAGACUGUUGGGAAGUUCAUAAGAAAUGUUCUUUUUUUAGAAUAUUUGGGAAAUUAAUGUUUCUUACAAUCUUAAAAAGGGCUCAAAUCAGAGUUUUGAAGGAUAUGCUGAUUGUUCUUUUUUUUUAUUCAUAUAUAUCCCACAGGAACAUAAAUUUGUGCCCUUCAACUCAUGUUUCGAAAGUACUGAACGCAAUUAUUUUUAUUUCAGCCAUAAACCAGAUGAUACAGUGCUGUAACUCGGGUUGUUCCAGUCAGAAUUUUGAGCCCCAGUCAUAGUCCCAGUCCAGUAACACAUUAAAGCCUUGGUGAAAUGGUCAUGAACACAAAUCCUCAAGGCCCUGUGCCAUGCUACUUUUAGACGUGUCAGUUGUCCUACACACCUGAAUCCAAUGGCUGAACUACCUCACUAGCAAGCAGUCAACCUCUAUGGAGCUCUGCUAAUGAGCUAAUAUUUGAGUUAGGUAUGUUGGACCAGUAGCACAUCUGAACGCUGCAGGACAGCAAGCCUUGAGAACUGGAGUUUGAGAUCACUGCUUUAUGAAUUGCAUUAAAUGGUAAAUGGUAAAUGGCUUGUACUUGUAUAGCGCUUUAACCAGUCCGACGACCCCAAAGCGCUUUACAUUACAUCACCCAUUCACACCCUGAUGGUGGUCAGCUAUGUUAGAUUCAUAAUGUGACUGUGUCCCACUUCACUCCCUCAACGAGAUGCUACAGUCUCUGCUAUUUGUCAUUUUUUUGUAUGGUAAGCUAGAGCUAGCAUGUUUCAUCUCUGCUGAUAUGACUCGGUAACUGAGCUCAUAACAUUUUAGUAUAAUUUUAGUUCUUCUUGUGCAGACAAAAAUUACAAAGGAAGUUGUUCUCCUGCUUCAUAAACUUUGAACAUUGUAAAACCUAAUGGUUAGUGUUUCAGCUGCAGCUCUUACUAACAAUGCGAAGCUGGUCGCAUAACACAGACAUGGGAAAUGUAGCAGCCACUGUAGUCAAUCUGUCACUUUGGAAAUAACUUUUAAUGGGAGGAAAGUACAAACAGUUCCAAAUAAUGAUGUGCCUGGUCUGCAAUGCAGUUUUGUAACACAUGCAUGUACAUGUCUGGCAUGUGACUGCUAACAGUGUGGAUGAGAUUGACAUAAAAUUAAAAAAACUACACUAAAAACUGAUAAAUACCUUGAGGCGGAGGCAAUUCUAAGAAUUAGAUUAGGGCAUCUCUAACGGUUAUAUUUAUGGUGAUAU